AUGUGCGUCAAAUGUCUUAGAUUUGGACACAUUAGUAUACACUGUCGAUUUAGUGCGCGAUGCAGGUGUUGCGGAUUCGUGGAGGUUCACACUGAAAUUAGGCCAUGUCCCAACGCGAAUGGCACCUUAAAAUGCGCAAACUGUGGUGGGGAUCACUCACUGUCUUACAAAAAAUGCCCGGAAUUUCUAUUUCAGAGAGAGUUACGAGUUUUAGCUACUAAGUACAAACUACCGUUUAAAGAAGCCAAAUCGAUCCUCAGAUUCGAUAAGGGAGCUGAUUACGCUUCCUCAACCCCUGCACAAGCUAAUUCUUCUCCAGUAUUUAGCUUCUCAAUGUUCCCAGAACUUAAUGACGCCCCCACCCCCUCCUUCUCAGGCCCCCGUUUACAGCAUCAACAAUCAAAUUACACACAAACUCUGGCAACCCCUACGACUCCACAGCUACCGAAACUCCCGACACAACCUAGAUGGAAACUUGCAGAAGUUCAUCCAAAAUCCAUGCAGGCCCCCACGGGUGGGCAUUCUCAUCAAUCUUCGCGAAGAGGAUCCAACGCCAACUCAUCGUACUCAUAUCUCCCCAACAAUAGUAGAAUCCCCAGCCUUCUUCCAAACGGUUUUGCUCUCCACUAA